AUGUGUGAUCCUAUAAUAAGUGAGCAAUAUUAUUUCAAUGAGUAAUUCAAUUAGAUAUUUUAUAUAGAUCAUAUGAUGUGAAUGCUAAUUAAAUUGAUUUUUCUGGAAUACCAGAUUCAUUUUUGAACAAUUAGUAAUAAAAACGAUAACAAUUUCCAAAAAUAUAAAUUUUUGAAGAAGAUGACAAUGGGAUUAGUAAUUUAAUACCCAAUUAGAUGCAAUUUGAAGAAAUUAAAAUGGAUAGGCUUAAAAUAAAGAAUGAUAGCUCUAUUGAAGCCUAACCUAGAAGUGGAAGUGAUGGUGAUAACUCUAUAGAUGCAAGUCAAAAUCAUCAAAGAAGAAGAAGAUCAAGUACAUUUUUUGUUUAAAUAUAGAAAAAUAUACAAAAGAAGAAUAAAAAAAUUUAAAAGAUUCAUUACAAUCAUAGAUUAUUUUGCAUCUAGGUUAAACUAAGAGUACAUACACAAAUAAAAUUUAAAAUUUAGUGAAAAAAGAAAAUAAUGGGCAAUUAUUGAUAACAACAAAAGCUAGACAAUCGUAUUGAAAUAUUUUGAUUCUUUUUUAGAAGGAGUUAAUAGAAAUUGGAAAGAAAAAAUGAAUAACAAUUAUAAAUGAAUUAGGAACAUAGUGAUUAGUCAUCAUCAGAAAAUCCAGAUUCUAUUAAUGAUGGAAAUAUGGAUCCUAGUCGUUUAAAAUAAGUGAAGAACAGAGAAUCAGCCAGAAAUUCAAGAGCAAGAAAAAAAAUAUAUUUUGAGUUAUUAGAGACAAGAGUUUAAGAGUUAUAGGAUGAAAAUGACAAACUUAGAGAAUAAUGUAAUAAUUUAUCAAAAUCAAUUGAAAAUUACAAUAAAUAAUAAGAUAAGGUAAUAUUAUUAAAUAAAUAAUGGAUAGUUUUAAUAAUUCUUAGAAUAAUAAUAGAAAUUAUUUGAGAGAUUAGAAGAUUGCAUUAAUUAAGGUAAAGAUGCAACAGAAAUUGAAAUAUUAUUGGAUGCAUUGAAAUAUAGAACAUCAUCUAAUAAAUAAGAGAGAAUAGAUGCUGCAAAAUCAUAUUCAUAUUCAAUAUUAGAUGUUUGUUUACCUUUAUAGACAAAAUAUUUAUUUAGUAUAUUAGAUGAUAAAGAUUUCUUUUCAUAAAAUUCUAGGUAUAUAAUUGAAAUAUAUUGUAGAAAUUACACAGAUUAUUUGAGAGAUGUCUUUAAUAAAAUUGAUACAAAGAAUGAUGACUUUGGAAAUAAUGAAAAAAUUAAAUAAAAAUUGGGAACAGCAAAAUAGAAUAUGCAUGAGUAUUAGUGUUGAUUUAUAUAUGAAAAAAGUUCGUUUAAGAAGAUAAAAAAGGAGAUUAAAUUAAUUUAGAGUGAAGCAGGAAAGGUUGAUUUGUUAUGGGAAUAAUUGAAAGAGAAGUUAUAACCAUAGAUAUUGGCUUAAUGUUUAUUAACACUCCAUAAAGUAUAAAUUUAUAAUAAAUAUAGAAUGAAUUUAGAGCAGACUUUUAGGCAUCAACAAUAUUUAAGAGACAUAAGGAUAAAAAAGAAUAAGUAGGAAUGUCAAUCGAAUAAUAAUUAUUGUAGAGAAAGCAAGUAAAAAAAUGUAAUUGA